UAACACGCGACAGUCAUGAAGUAUAUUUAAGUGAUACAACAUCUCUAUAUGAAAUUCUAAAAAAUUAACGGCAUGAAUCUUACGGCACACACCAAGGUACAAGAGUAGGGCCUCAAUAUCUAAUAAGUUAUAUUUUAGAAAACAAUAAAAAAGAGAUAAAUUCAACUGCAGAGUUAAAAUUCGUACAGUGAAAAGAUAAAAACAUCAAAAUUAUGUUUUCAUAUAAUAUUAUGAUAUACUCUGUUUUUCUUAUUCAGUUAAAAAUAUUAAUGUGUAAGGACCUAAGUGAGAAUGAACGCGUAAUGAGAGCAGCAUUUAUUCAGAAGUUACUGAAUAAGCAAAAAUAUGCAGAGGGUAGAAUCAAACUUAUGGGUGGUCAAACAUCUUUGGAAGGCAAUGUAUAUAUUAAUCACGCUGGAAGGUGGGGUGCUAUAUGUGAUGAUUCAUGGGACCAUGCUGCCGCGCAAGUAGUAUGCCGUAUGUUCAACAAAACUGGUGUGGCAACGCAUGGAGGGCAAUAUGGAGAAGCUAUUGAAAAAUUUUGGAUGGAUGACGUCGUUUGUGAAGGUUAUGAAACAUCGUUAUCUAAAUGUAUAUUCUCUGGCUGGGGCUCAUCAGACUGUAACCCUAGCGAAGCAGCUGGAGUCAAGUGUGGUCUCGAUAUUCCACCAAUGGAAAUAAAAUCAAGACCAAGAAGACCUUUACACGAAGUAAUGGAUGUUUUAACAGCAAGUCUUAGACUUGUUGGUGGCAGAAGUAGUUACGAAGGUAGAGUUGAGAUUUAUUACGGUGGCAAGUGGGGAAGUAUUUGCCCUGAUGGGUGGACAUUAUACGAGGCGUCUGCAGUAUGUCGGCAUUUGGCGCUGGGCUUUGCAGAACAAGCUUUACAAACUGAUUUCUUUGGUAGCUCCAAGAUCGUCCUCAGCGGCGUGGAUUGUGAGGGGAACGAGACGAAUUUAUUUUCAUGCAGACACAGAGAGUUUGGAAAUGUUUUGUGUCCUGGCGAACAAGGUCAUGUUGCAGCCGUUGUAUGCACACAGCAUUUAUCUGAUCUUCUCCUAGAUACAAAUGCCAUUGAGCGUUCAGCUCAUCUUCAAGAUGCUCCAAUGUUUCAGCUUCAAUGCGCUAUGGAAGAGAACUGCUUGAGCAAAUCUGCCUACGAGAUACAAAGAACAAAUCCAAAUUGGCAAUUCGAAACUCGCAGGCUUCUACGCUUUACUGCCGCGUCGUUGAAUAUUGGAAAUGCUGAUUUUAGACCUUAUUUACCUAAGCAUUUGUGGCAGUGGCACCUGUGUCAUAUGCAUUACCAUAGUAUGGAAGUUUUCGCUACUUUCGAUGUGUUGGACAGAAAUGGCCGUAGAGUUGCAGAAGGACAUAAGGCUUCUUUUUGCUUAGAAGAUAACACUUGUAUGCCUGGCGUUGAUAAGAAGUUCUCAUGUCUUAACUAUGGUGACCAAGGUGUAUCAGUGAACUGUUCAGAUAUUUAUCAGUAUAACCUUGAUUGUCAGUGGGUUGAUGUCACUGAUGUGGUGCCUGGCGACUAUACAUUUAGGGUUGCAGUGAACCCUCACACCAGAAUUGCUGAGCAAACCUACCACAACAACGCUGCGUCUUGUUCCUUGCGCCUUACAGAUACAUAUGCUGCUGUUUAUUCAUGUCAGUUGCAACGACCAUGACUCACGUAAUCUUACUGCAAACAAUUGUAAAUACAUUUUAUCUCACCUUGAUUGAAUAACAUUUUAUACUGAUA